AUGCCUCUCCCAGCAUCACCGGAAGAUCACAGUGCUGAUGGACUCGCAAGAUUGGUCCGACGUGCAAAAGACUUGACCCAGGCUAGAAAGGUUCACUCUCUCGUACUCGGAAGCAGCUACAGUCGAGACAGGUACCUGGCCAAUCUCCUCGUCCACAUGUACGGCAAGUGCGGUAGUGUGAGAGAUGCCCGGCAGGUGUUCGACGCGAUCGACAGGCCCAACGUUGUGGCUUUCAACAUCAUGCUCGCGACAUAUGCCCAGAACGGGUAUCUCGACGACGCGCGGCUCUUCUUCGACAAAAUGCCACAGCGCAACGUGGUCUCUUGGAACGCGUUGGUAUCGGCCCAAGCGCAGAAUGGGUUCUUGGAAGAGGCACGGAGAACGUUUAGCAGGAUGCCGAGCAAAGACGUGGCUUCGUGGAACAUUAUGAUCACGGCAGCUGCCAGGGAUGGCGAUCUCAAACUCGCCAAGCAGAUGUUUGACGGGCUCCAGGCUCCAAACCAAGUCUCGUGGAACGCGAUGAUCAGCGCGUACGUGAAGAACGGGGAUCUCAAAGAUGCGAGAGAGCUCUUUGAGAGAAUGCCUUCGUCUCAACGCAAUGCCAUCACUUGGACAACGAUGGUGAUGGCGUAUGCCCGGGCUGGAUAUAUGCAACAAGCCCGUGGCCUAUUUGAUCGGCUAGCGGAGGAAGAAGAAGAAGAAGAUCAUGGUCCUCCUCCAGAGCUAUGGAACUUCAUGAUCACUGCUUACUCACGAAGAUCCCAGCUUCAAGAUGCCAAGGAGCUCUUCGACAAGAUGCCGCGACGUGAUCGAGUGUCCUGGAGAGCUAUGGUUUCAGCGUAUGCAGAGUCGGGGUAUCCUUCUAAAGCACUACGCUUGCUAAGCACCACACCAUUCGAGGAAGAUCUGGUCUGCCAGACAGCGAUCAUCGUUGGAUAUGGUCGUGUCGGGGAUCUGGAGGCAGCAAGGAAGCUAUUUGACAAGAUCCCCAACCGAGACACCAUCUUGUGGAACGCCAUAGUCAUUGCGGCUGCUCACUGCGGGGACUUCCAGACAGCGCGUCACUACUUCCAGCAGACACCCGACAAGAAUGUCCAGUCAUGGAACGGCAUGAUAAGUUGUCUCGCACAACACAACAGGCUCGAUCAAGCCAGGGAUGCCUUCGACCAAAUGCCGCAUCGAGACGUGGUCUCGUGGACUGUGAUGCUCACUGCUUACUCCCAGAGCGGCUACCACAGAGAACCGUUCCUCCUCUUUCGACUCAUGGACUUGGAAGGCAUGGAUCCCGACGCUGUGGCUCUGGCCUGUGCUUUCGAUGCCUGUGCGAGCUUCUCGAGCAGCAGGGAAGGGAGAGAUCUUCACGGCUCCAUCAGCGGCAGCAAGCUCGAGAAGGAUUUGCUGGUUGCAAAUGCGAUGAUCAACAUGUAUGGUAAGUUCGGGCUCCUCGGUCGCGCAGAGGUGGUGUUUGAGCGAAUGAACAACGCCGAUGCCGUGUCAUGGAACGCUAUGAUCACAGCUUUCGCUCAGAACGGGCUGUGGAGAGACGCCGAGCGGUGCUACUCAAAGAUGCAGUGCGAGGGGCUCCAGCCGGAUGGAAUCACUUUCCUGGCGCUUCUCUCUGCGAGCGUUCACGCAGGGAGCUUGUCCAGUGCUUGGUGCUACUUUGUGGCGAUGGAGCUCGACUACGAGCUUGUGGCGACUGCGGAGCACUUCAAGUGCAUGGUGGAUCUGCUAGGACGGUCGGGAAGAGUGGAGGAGGCCGAGGAGCUUGCCGCCUCCAUGCCAUUUCAUCCUAACGUUGAGGAGUGGACGUCCAUACUUAAUGCACGAAAGAUCCAUGGAGCUAAGAAUGUAAGUAUUAAAGUUGCUCAAAAUUUACAUCAGUUGGAUCCUUGCAGUCCCCUCCCAUAUAUUUUAGGAUAG